AUGGAGGCUCACAGGGGACUGGCGUCGGACUGGGAGGCGGUGCUGGAGCUGGAUGAAGAUCUGGCUGGGUGGCUCCCACAGGAUCCGACCCGGAAUGAGUUUGGCUGGGAGUGGGGCUGGGCCGCCUCGGACCACCAAGACCAGGACUGGGAGUCAGAGGAGGUCCCUGCAGUAAGUUACUGCCCCCAGAGACCUGAUGCCAGGAGGGGGAGUGGCGGGGAGGGAAGAGGGGGGAGAAGGUUGGGAUGGGCGGUUUUUGUACUGUACCUGUGCCAAGAGCAUAACUCUGUGGUUCCCUCCUGCAAUAGCUAUUUGCAUUCCCAUAGUAUCCAUGGACCCUUUCCCUUGACAAAGUAAGAAGGCUGCGGUUUAAGGGGCAUAGACAGGCGUUUGUUGUGAAAGGGGGGCCCUAAUACUCUUGAUAUUUUAGACAGUUAUAGAGUACUUUCUGUGAACAUUUCUAGACUGUAAAAAUGUCUGACGCAUAAUACAAAAUUCCAGCCUUCAAAGUUCUUGAAUGUAUAAAGUUUUCUUGACAGGCACCACUGGUUUUCAUUCACAGCUUAACAGAAACAGUUAAGUAUUUGUAACAUAACAUUAUGUAUUUCCAUUCUGGUCUGUUCUUGUUAUAUGAGUAUAGAACAUGUAGCUAUCUGAUGUUAAUGUGAACAGUCUGUUGUUUUCCUUCAGAUUGAAGCAGCGAGAGGUUUUUCCCCUGAAGGGAUGUCUUUGGUUACUGUAUUGGCAGGCAUUGUUUCCUGAAGCUGUUCCUACUCAAAGAAAGCAUCUGGCUCAGACACAUAGAGCACUCACCCCUGCACUCACACUCAGAAGGCGUCUGGCUGUGGGUCACAGCAAUACUUCCCUCUUUAAGCAAGCCUGUCCUCUGAAUCCAGGCCCAAUAUAAGAUUUACCCAAAUGCCUGAGAAUGUAACAAGAAAUAAUGAAUUCCUCUGUGUGAGAAUUGAACAUUUCUUCCCAUGACCUAAACCAACAACCGAUGCAGACUAGGUUUUAUAAGAUAAACAAUAGAUACAUAAGGGUUUGCUAACAGAGCAGGUGUCUUUUUCUCCCUCUGUCCUACAUAUAAACUGUUGCUGUACAAAACCACCAUUGUGUGUGUUCAUACAGUACAUUGAUGUUACCAAAAAUUGUUGUCUUGGGAAUGUGACUCACAUUAGGAAUGCUCACGAUGCUCAAAAGCAUGCUUAUUGAAUUGAGUGGCUAAAUGUCAACGGGGAUCGUGCAUGGUAUCAAGUCUGAGUUAAACAUCACUUGUGAAAAUGGAUGCAGUCCAGUGUGUGUAUGUGAGAGAGAGAGUGUGUGUUCAGGAAUGUGUAUGUGUGAGUCGUCCCUCUCUAAAAGGUUACCAAUGUUGCUCUCUGUCUCCAGGUGUUGAGCCCCACAUACAAACAGCGUAAUGAGGACUUCAGGAAGCUCUUCAAGCAGCUACCGGACACAGAGCGACUCAUCGUGGGUGAGUUUCUAACGCAAAGUGCUAGGCCACUAAGGCCAAUAAGGUCAGCAAUAUGGUGGAUAUAGGACAUCAGCUUGGUUUUGGAAAAGUUAGCGUUGGCUGGUUGGAGUCAAUUCCAUUUAAACUAUCCAUUCAGGUAAUUAAUCUUCUGAAUUGACUAUAUUGAAAUAGAAUUAACCCCGACCUUGAUGGGUAGAUGAUGUAUUCUUCCUGGGCUCUGAUCAUUGACCUGUGCUGGCAGAUUACUCCUGCGCCCUGCAACGAGACAUCCUCCUGCAGGGCCGACUCUACCUCUCUGAAAACUGGAUCUGUUUUUAUAGCAACAUCUUCCGCUGGGAAACGCUGGUACGCACUGGUCCUCUGCCUGGGACUUUCUGUUCUUUUGAUCUUAUCUAUAUUUCCCUGGUGUUGGUUAGUUUGCAGAGUUGAAAUAGAAUGUAUUGUAUUUCUAUGGUUUGCAGCACAGUAGAUAUUGUAUUAUUGUGGUUCAGUAACAGUUCAACAGAUAUAUUCUUCUGAAUAUUAAGCACUACUGAAAAAAACCUAUUUUGUUUCCAUGUGUGUGCAGCUGACAGUGAGGCUGAAGGACAUCUGCACCAUGACGAAGGAGAAGACAGCACGCCUCAUCCCCAACGCCAUCCAGGUGUCCACAGACGGUGAGAAGGUAAGACAGGACAGGGACUGGAUCUUUGGCAUUCACUGACUGAGAGAAGGCUCAAACUUUCUCCUCAGCCUUAUUUUAAAGCAUAUUUUUGAACUGAUACAAACAUUAUUUUAAUUCUCUCCUCACAGCACUUUUUCACCUCAUUUGGAGCACGGGACAGGACCUACAUGAUGAUGUUCAGAUUAUGGCAGAAUGCACUUCUGGACAAAGUAAGCCAGCAACCUCAAUUAACCUCAUCACAAAUAGAUCUACAUGUUUAGUAUAUUGAGUCUCCAUACUGAGUGUUGUCUCUAACCCCUGUGCUCUAGCCCCUUUGCCCCAAAGAGCUAUGGCACUUUGUCCAUCAGUGUUAUGGCAACGAGCUUGGCCUGACCAGUGACGACGAGGACUACGUUCCCCCUGACGACGACUUCAACACCAUGGGGUGGGUGUGGUUUCCAUGGCUACAAAUAUAAACACUGCCUCAUCAAUUACCAUGGUUGAUUAAGACGCCCUUGAUCUGCUGUGCGUUGAAGCACACACACACAAACACACAUACACACUCACACACAAACACUAACACACACCCCUCUCUGCCCUGCUUCACACCCCUCUCAGCCCUCUGACCAUUACCAUGUAAAAGCAACACUCCAGAACUCAUAACACUAACCUCCAGCUGGUCCCUGUUCCCCCACGGUGGUGGUGCAGGUUCUGUGAGGAGAUCCCUAAUGAGGAGAAUGAGAUCAGUAAUGACAACUUGUCAAAGAGCAGCACGGAGGCCAAGCACGAGGGCAGCCCACCAUCCAUACACAAGAAAUGCAUUAUCACCAACAGCACCAUCAACUCAUCCAUCAGCAGCAAGCCCCUCUCUGUGAGUCUCAGCGACAUAAUAGAGGUCAGAGGUUAAAUCAAUUACUGUUUUGUUAUUUGUUUUGAUGGAGGGGAAAUGCAUUUGUUAUUCUGCCUAUAGCCUGCAUAUGGGGAAUACAGUUAACGCAACAGAAUGUUUUGUAAUUUGAUCACCAGAACUGAAUUAACACCAAAACAUGAACACAGACCAUCCUACUUAUAACUAUGUACUGUAGUAUCCUACAGUGUCUUUCUAGUGACUGACCCCCUCCUCCUCCCCCUCUGUGUGUCCUAGUUUGACCUCCCUCCCGAGGAGUACAUCGACUGCCUCCCUGACGGGGAGCUGCUGGCCUUGCCCCUGGUGCUGGAGCAGAGGUUAGCGGAGGCCAGCGGACUGGUGCCCUCGCCCUCCCUAGACUUCAAUGACAAUGAAGACAUCCCCACUGAACUCAGUGACUCUUCAGAGACCCACGACGAAGGUACGGUUUCAAUCUUCCGUCCAUUAACAGAUUUGAUGCAUAUAUACUGUAUAUGGCUUGAAACAGGCUCUUCUGUGAUGCUGCCAAGUCUUGGUAAUACUGUCACCAUAUGACAUUAUGUCCCCAAGGGCACAUCAUCUAAAGUGUGUUUCCCUUUAAGGCUCUCCAGCAGGGGAAGUGCAGGCCUUCCACGAUGACCUUAAAGGGAGACAGUACAUCGAUGAGGUUUACAAGUUCAGUGUGGACAAGAUGUACGACAUCCUCUUCACAGAAUCCCAGUUUAUGACCGAUUUCAUGGAGCAGCGCAGGUUCUCUGGUCAGUCAGACAUUCUGUCCAUUGGCGUUAGCAUUAGAAUCACAUUAUUGGCUCUUCCAUUGGUGUUGUCCUGUGACUAUGUAGUGAUAGAAUGUGCAUCCAUAUAAUUCCACACAGAUAUAGUGUUUCACCCCUGGAAGAAGGACGAUGCAGCGGGGAACCAGAUGAGAGAGAUCAUGUACACCAUCUCCCUGUCCAACCCGCUGGCCCCCAAGACAGCCACAGUCACAGAGACCCAGACACUGUACAAGGCCAGCCAUGAGAGUGAGUGCUACAUCAUCGAUGCUGAGGUCAACACACACGACGUGCCCUACCACGACUACUUCUACACACUCAACCGUUACAUGCUGACACGGGUGGCCAAGAACAAGUGCCGGUUAAGGUGAGGAGGGCCUUAUCAUGACAGCUGUUGUAAUAGUUUCAAGAGCCAUAUGUUAUUCUAUGUUCAUUUAGAAACACUGCUUCAAUUUAUUACCUGCGUAUGCCUUGUCCCUAGGGUGUCCACUGAGCUACGUUACAGAAAACAGCCAUGGGGAUUAGUGAAGGGCUUCAUCGAGAAGAACUUCUGGAGCGGGCUAGACGAGAACUUCCGUCAUCUUGGUAAGUUCCUCUACUAGCUGUCACACCAAAUGUCCAGCAACAUUUAAUCUGAUGACUGUAAACCAUCCUAAUGUAUGAAAGUAAAAACUGCUUCUGUGUGGCCUGUCAGAGUUGGAGCUGUCGAAGGUGGAGGAUGUGGUGUUGGAGUCAGCCCAGCCCUCUCCCAAGGUCAAGGUGGUGAAGACAUCUGUGAGGCGGAGGAAUAGACCCCUGGUCCACCUACGGAGCCAGCACCUGGACGACGCCCUCCUCAGCCCCGUCACCACGCCAACCGAUGACGAGGUCAUCCACCGCAUCAAACAUGUGGGCGUGACAGGUCAGAUGGCAGGGGGACACUUUGUUUUAAAACCUUUAAAAACGUUUUAACACUUUUUUGUUAUACUCUUAUACACACUCUUAUAAACUCUUAUACACUGUACAUUCUUAUACACUUUCAUACAGUACAUACAUUACAUAAACUCUUAAACAUUUCCACACAUUAUAUUGUGUUAAAUAUAUCUAGUUGACCUGGUCUGUGUUUGGUCCCCAGGUUCCACUCAGACCAGGCACAUACCUGAGCACCUCCCUGGAGGCUUCGCCCUCUACAGCGUCUCCAAACUGCUGCUCAUCAUCAGCUUUGUGUGAGUACACUCUCUAUCUCCCACACACUCGUACACACACACACAUACAGUAUACACACUCACUUUCAGAUCCAUCUUCAUAAUUUGUGUUUAAUUUGUGGGUCAUUUCAGUUCAACUCUCUUCGAAAUCUUUAGUAGUUAGCAAAAAUCUGAUUCUGUGUUAAACAUUUGUUUGUUUUUGUUAGUGUUCUGAAUUUGAUUCCUCUCUCCUCUAUCCUUUCAUUGCUUGCCAUAGGAUCUGUCUAAGGUACAUCUGUCUAAUGAUAAACCACUUAGACCUGACUAGGAAACAUACUCCUCCCGCAUUGUAACUGGUUCAUUAACCUUUUACUGCAGCAGGCUAAAUAAGGAUCACACAGAGUGUUUUUUGAUAGUCUUAAACAAAUGUACUUUGAAACAAAAGUAUACACCUCACACACAUGGUUAUGGGCUUACAAAAAAGAAGACACCUGUACCAUGUCAGAUAUAGAGUUGAAAUGUAUUCAAUUUUGAGUUUGCAUCCCAAUAUUACACUUUAUAUACACUACAUGACCAAAGGUAUGUGGACACCUGCUCAUUGAACAUCUUAUUCCAAAAUCAUGGGCAUUAAUAUGGAUUUGGUCCCCAUUUGCUGCUAUAACAGCUUCCACUCUUCUGGGAAGGCUUUUCACUAGAUGUUGGGACAUUGCUGCGGGGACUUGCUUCCAUUCAGCCACAAGAGCAUUAGUGAGGUCGGGCACUGAUGUUGGGCGAUUAGGCCUGGCUCGCAUUCGGCGUUCCAAUUCAUCCCAAAGGUGUUCGAUGGGGUUGAGGUCAGGGCUCUCUCUGUACACGCCAGUCAAGUUCUUCCACACCGAUCUCAACAAAGCAUUUCUGUUUGGUCCUCGCUUUGUGCACGGGGGCAUUGUCAUGCUGAAACAGGAAAGGGCCUUCCCCAAACUGUUGCCACAAAGUUUGAAGCACAGAAUCGUCUAGAAUGUCAUUGUAUGCUGUAGCGUUAAGAUUUCCCUUCACUGGAACUAAGGGGCCUAGCCCGAACCAUGAAAACAGCCCCAGACCACUAUUCCUCCUCCACCAAACUUUACAGCUGGCAGUAUGCAUUCGGGCAGGUAGUAUUCUCAUGGCAUCCGCCAAUCCCAGAUUUGUCCAUCCAAGUGUGGUUCAUCACUCCAGAGAACGCGUUUCUACUGCUCCAGAGUCCAAUGGAGGUGAGCUUUACACCACUCCAGCCGACGCUUGGCAUUGCGCAUGGUGAUCUCAGGCUUGUGUGCGGCUGCUUGGCCAUGGAAACCCAUUUCAUGAAGCUCCCGACUAACAGUUCUUGUGCUGACGUUGCUUCCAGAGGCAGUUUGGAACUCAGUAGUGAGUGUUGCAACUGAGCACUACGCACUUCAGCACUCAGCGGUCCCGUUCUGUGAGCUUGUGUGGCCUACCACUUUGCGGCUGAGCCAUUGUGCUCCUAGACGUUUCCACCUUACAAUAACAGCACUUACAGCUGACCGGGGCAGCUCUAGCAGGGCAGAAAUGUUUCCGAACUGACUUGUUGGAAAGGUGGCAUCCUAUGACGGUGUCCACAUACUUUUGUAUAUAUAGUGUACAUCACAGAAGACUGAAAUAUAACAAAACCGUUUGACAUAGAAACAACGAAUUUUCGCAGUCUAAAAAAAAUAAUAUGCUAAUUAUUUAUGAAAUUAUGAAAAAUAUGAAUAACAUUCCACCCAUGAGGCCACUAGGUCAUUUGACUGCAGGAAAAGGCUACUGAAUAUACAGACUAAGGCACCCCUGUAGCUUUCAUUACUCAUCUUCUUUCCUUUAUCCCGUACAUUCUUCUGUUUUCCUCUCCUCCCUCAGCCUGGUUUUGCUGGUGUUCCUCAACAUGAUGCUGUUCUAUAAGCUGUGGAUGCUGGAGUAUUCUGUACAGCCUCUUACCACCUGGCAAGGGCUGCGGAUACAUGAAAGGUACGCUAACCACCCAUAGGUUUUUAGCAUUAUUCCUAUUGCCUACAUAAUACUAGAAUUGAUAUGACUGUGUACUUAGUCAAAUCCAGACUGCAUAUGCCUGUUUAGUUUCAUCUGACAACCACAUGGGCUUCAGCCUGUUUUCCCAACCACAAAACGCUUAUGCUGCAGAAUUGCCCCUGAACAAUGCUUAGCUUGGAGUUGCUCUUGGCCAUGGUAUCUGGGUGUGUUUGACGGUAUGUGUGUGCUUCUGUCUAGUAAACUGCCCCAGACGCAGAUGGAGUGGGCCCAGCUCCUGGAGUCCCAACAGCGUUACCAUAACGCUGAGCUGCAGAAGUGGAGAGAGAUCAUCAAAUCCUCAGUGGUACUAUUAGACCAGGUAGGGAACAGUAGUACUAUUAGACCAGGUAGGGAACAGUGGUAGUAUUAGACCAGGUAGGGAACAGUGGUAGUAUUAGACCAGGUAGGGAACAGUGGUAGUAUUAGACCAGGUAGGGAACAGUGGUAGUAUUAGACCAGGUAGGGAACAUUGGUAGUAUUAGACCAGGUAGGGAACAGUGGUAGUAUUAGACCAGGUAGGGAACAGUGGUACUAUUAGACCAGGUAGGGAACAGUAGUACUAUUAGACCAGGUAGGGAACAGUGGUAGUAUUAGACCAGGUAGGGAACAGUGGUAGUAUUAGACCAGGUAGGGAACAGUGGUAGUAUUAGACCAGGUAGGGAACAGUGGUACUAUCAGACCAGGUAGAGAACACAGAGGACAGAUACAUUAACAGGCAUUAACACAAGGCCAAGUGUCAAAUCCUCUAGGUUUUUGUGCAGGGUCUCAAAGUGUGAAACUAUGAUUAUAGUUAUUUGGGGUGUUUUAAUUUGUUCUGUUUUCCUCUACAGAUGAAAUACUCUCUAUUGAACCUUCAAAGGGGCAUUGACUUAAGGGACUACAGCUCAGAAGCUGAGGAGAAAAGAAGCCGUUACCACUGACAUACGAUCUUAGGCCAUGAGGGCAUGGUGUGCAAUAUAGGAGUUGUUUGUGUAUAAGUAUGCAAACAAAACAAAGAGAGACAAGAGACCGACUGACAGCGAGGCGAGCUGGCCCCAGUGUGACAGGGACAGCCUGCCGGCUGACGACCCCCAACUCACAGAGGUCACGACCCCGCAGGUCAGACCAUGGACAGGAAGUGCCCCUAUCACAGACAGGAAAUUAACAGUGGGGUUCCCACAGCACUGAGGCAUCGUGGGAAGGCGACAGCCCCACUUACUUAGACGCCACUUCUGUCUCUUAUUUUUCUGUCUUUUAAUUUUGGAAGGACAUCGUACUGUAAGCCAUUGCCACAUGGCAAUUAACUCCUCUCGAUGAGCGUCUGUCUGUGGUUCCAUUCCUUUCUGUGACUGUCUAAAGAUGAACAAAAGAGGAGAGAUAGACAAGGAAAGGGGUCCUACAGUCUCUAGGCUUUUUACACUCCCUUGACUGUUCCAAACCGAUCAUCUCCUCAAGGUCCGCGCUGCAGUGUCCCUUUUAUUAACCCCUCUGAUAUUGGCCACAGAUCAUGCUCUAAAGUAGCACGAUCACCAGCAAAGAUAUAUUAUAGAGUAUAUAUAUGUAUGUGGAAGCACAUUUCCACUGAAAUGUCUCUACUGCCUUGCUUUUCCCUGGGCUCAACAGUGCAUCAGGGCUGGUUUCCCUAAUCACAUAGAGCUAGGCUGUAUAUGUAUAAUGAUUGAUUUAGGUGGAGGUCCUUCUCACAGUUACUCAAUACAGAGAAAUGUUAAGAGAUUGCAGGAUGUUAUUGGAGAUAGAGAGGAUAUGUAAUGUGGCGCAUCAAAACAUCCAUGCUUGAUGGCAAAUGGAUCUCCUGUUAACAACAGGAAUUUAUGGAAUUUAGAGUCUUCUUGAAGGUUUAUGAAUGAGCUUUAUGUU